AUGAACUUCUACCUUACCGCCUCCUUCCUCCCCUUUCCCUCCCACUUCCAACAGGUUGCCGUGGUGGAGAAGCUCGAGAUGAUGGACGAACUUGAGGUCGAGGCCCUCCUGGAGGUCAGCGCUACCCACGAGGCCAACGAUUCCGGUGAGGAUAUGCGUGUGCCCCCGCCGGCGCCGCGUAUCCCACAGGAGGAGUUCGGUUUCUCCGACGGUGCGAUGUCCUCCUGUCCUCUCAAGGCGCCUGCAUCAAUGGUCGAGGAGUGGUUUCCUCGCGCGGGCGUCUUGGAGGACAAGGAGGUGGACGGAUCCAAGGGGGCGGUCUCUGCGCGUCGUCACAAGGCGGACGCAAGGCCGCUGCCGCGGAGGCGGAACGCUUUCGAGGAACCAAGAGAGCGUUUCGUCGUGGUCAAGGAGACGAUGGAGGUCGAGACGAUGGGCGCGGGUGCCACUGCUGCGAAAGGGAAGGUCCAGUUCGCUCAAAGCCCACUCCGGCCGAGCUCUGCUCGUAGCCGUGAAGGCUCCUUGAGCGCCUUCCCCGACGCCGCUUCGAUCAAGACCACGUCCCCUCAGCUCGACGUGACGAAGCGUUGCCAGAAGCCCCGCCCGGACUCUCUGAUCUUCUACCGAUCCGUCUACUUCGCCCGCUCUGACAGAACCAAGUUUUGA